UCUCUGCCUAGAUAGCAAUUACGCAUGCUUGUUACCGUCUUGGUUGCAACCAGGCAACGGCCAUUUUAGUUCCAUUUCUAUUUCCCAUUACUAGAUAACCCUAUCGUGGAGUUGAUCUUCACCUCAGACACCCACUCCUUCGCUCAAUCCAUAAACCCCUCCUCUAUCUGGCUGUUGUCUGCCUCCACCGCCUUCGACCGCUUUCCAGACGUAUCAAGGCCAACGAUAAGCGUCAACUGGAGGACUAUCUCGCUCAAGCUCUACCACACCGAAUUAUAAAAGAGAAUAAUACUUCUCACAGCCAUAAUGUGGUCUUGGUUCGGCGGUGCCGCCGCUCAGAAGCGCAAGGAUGCGCCCAAGAAUGCGAUCCUCCUGCUGCGAGAGCAACUGGACAUGCUGCAGAAGCGAGAAAAGCACCUGGAGCAUCUGAUGGAGGAACAGGAGGCGGUCGCUCGCAAGAAUGUCUCAACAAAUAAGAAUGCUGCCAAAGCCGCUCUGCGAAGGAAAAAGGUCCACGAGAAGAACCUCGAGCAGACAACCGCGCAGAUCGCCCAGCUCGAACAGCAGAUCUACUCGAUCGAAGCGGCGAAUAUCAACCAGGAGACCCUGAACGCAAUGAAGGCGGCCGGCGCUGCCAUGACACAGAUCCAUGGCUCGAUGACGAUCGACAAGGUCGACGAGACGAUGGACCAACUCCGGGAACAACACCAGCUCAGCGAGGAAAUCGCGCAGGCCAUCACGAACAACCCUCUGGGCGAACAGCCCGACGAGACCGAACUGGAGGCGGAGCUCGAGGGUCUCGAGCAGGAGGUCAUGGACGAGCGCAUGCUCAAGACCGGGUCGGUGCCCGUCGCCGAUCUCAACCGGUUACCUGCCGCCGGCAACAGAGAGCUCGAAGCCAAAACAAAGCAGGCGGAAGAGGAAGACGACGAGGCAGAACUGGAGAAGCUGCGCGCCGAGAUGGCCAUGGGCUGAACCUGGACACUCCAUUUGUCUUUCCCUCCGUCUUUCCCUCCGUCUUUCCCUCCGUCUUUCCCUCCUCACAUCCUCUUAGCAGUCAUGCAUAUACCUGAAUGGACUGGAGUUCGCCCCGCGUCCGUUGCUUUUCCUUUCGAGUUAUCUAGUCGGCGUAAAUCGGUUUGCUUUGAGCUACGCGACUCUUCUACCUACCUACCUGUCAUAUUAACGUCCCCACACCGAUGGCGGAACGAAGUCUUAUGUCCUUUUGAUUAGCAUCUCAUUUGUCUACCCGAUCGGGAUUGAAUCUGUUCUAGUACAGCGUUAGGUAAUGGUCUCGCGCAUAGAUACAAUACACCCUGUAAGUGCAUUUUCAAGGAAACGAUCUCAAUCUAC